GGGUGAAGGGAGACGUGCGCAGUUGGUGCCGUUUGGCGCAGCAGAAAAAUAAGGCGGCCUUCUUUCAUGUAACGACAACUGUUCGUGCACAGACCAGUUUCCUGUAAUUUGAAGUGUUCAGUGUUGGAUUUUAUUUAGGUGAAAUAUUGUUAGAUUCAAAACGGAAACAUGAGUUCGAUAAAUGUAAAAAAGCUCAAAGUAAAUGAGCUGAAAGACGAACUCAAAAAGCGUCAGCUUUCAGACAAGGGACUGAAGGCCGAGCUAAUGGACCGGCUACAGGCCGCGUUGGAUGAGGAGGCCCUGGCUCAAGACGACUCCGCCGGGCCGGGUGCUGAAGAAAACGGGGCAGAUGGUGGGGACGGUGAGGCGAGUUUGCAAGAUGAUAUGAGGGAGGAAGACGACGAUGUCAUCUGUGAGGGCAUGGAAGCCGAAGAAGAGCCAUGCGACGAUGAUGGCGUUGAGGCGGACGAAGGCGUCGAGGCGGACGAAGGUGUUGAGGCGGACGAAACAACAGCGGCUGAAAGUGAGGACGUGGGUGACCAAGAAGAUUUCGACAUGGGUGGUGCAGAGGAGGGCGACGACGACGACGUACUCGGGGAAGAGGACGAUGCGAUACUGAAAGAGGACGACGAUGAGGUGGAUAAAAUCGACGAGGAAGAUGGUGAGCCGGAAUCUCAGCCAGCAGAGGGGGAUGCGGACAAAGACACCAAUGCUGAUCAGAAGAAUAAGAAGGGUGUUAAGAGACGCCGAGAGGAACAUGGAAGGGGCUACUUUGAAUUUAUUGAAGAAAGCAAAUACAGCCGGGCUAAGUCCCCUCUGCCCCCUUUGGAGGAAGAGGAUGAAGAGUUCGACGACACUCUGGUCUGUCUGGAUACACACAACUGUGACCUGCACUUCAAGGUGUCCCGAGACCGUUACAGUGCCUCCUCCCUCACCAUGGAGAGCUUCGCCUAUCUGUGGGCAGGCGGCAGGGCUUCCUAUGGCGUGGCCAAGGGCAAGGCUGGCUUUGAGAUGAAGGUCAUUGAGAAGAUUCCAGUGAAGCACAUCUCCAGCAAGAACCUUGAUAUCCAUGAGGUGCAAGUGGGAUGGUCCCUGGCUAAUGGCAGCCUUUUGUUGGGUGAGGAAGAGCACUCUUUCGCUUACUCUGGGAAGGGCAAGAAAACCACCAACUGUGAGACUGAGGACUACGGCGAGACCUUGGAUGAGAAUGAUGUUGUCGGCUGCUUCAUCAACUUUGAUGGUGAUGAGGUGGAGCUGUCCUUCGCUAAGAACGGUAAAGACCUGGGCGUGGCCUUCAAGGUCAGCAAGGAGGCCCUGGGAGACCAGGCCCUCUUCCCACACGUGAUGUGUCACAACUGUGCGGUGGAGUUCAACUUCGGCCAGCUGGAGGCGCCCUACUUCCCCCAGCCCGACGGUUUCCCCCUCCUGCAGCAGGUGGCCCUCGAGGACCGCGUCCGCGCACCCAAGGGACCGGCCACCAAGAGCGAAUGCGAGGUGAUCAUGAUGGUUGGCCUGCCUGGAUCAGGCAAGACUGUGUGGGUGAAGAAACACAUGGAGGAAAACCCUGGCAAAUACAACCUCCUGGGCACCAACACCAUCCUGGAGAAGAUGAUGAUUGGCAGUCUCAAGCGCCAGAAUAAGGACGUCACGAAGCUCACGGCCAUCUCCCAGCGUGCCCCUCUCUUCCUGGGCAAGUUCAUCGAGAUCGCCGCCCGCAAGAAGAGGAACUACAUCUUGGACCAGACCAACGUCUCCGCCCCGGCCCAGAGGAGGAAGAUGUGCCUGUUCGCCGGCUACCAGCGCAAGGCCGUCGUGGUGUGCCCCACCGACGAGACCUACAAGGAGAGGACGCAGAAGAAGGCCGAGACCGACGGCAAGGACGUGCCCGAACACGCCGUGCUCAAGAUGAAGGGCCUCUACGCCUUGCCCGAGGUGGGCGACUGCUUCACCGAGGUGACCUACGCGGAGCUGGACAAGGAGGAGGCCACCAAGGUGCUGGAGCAGUACAAGGAGGAGAGCAAGACGGCACUGCCCCCAGAGAAGAAGCCCAACCAGGGGGCCACCACCCCCAAGAAGGGCGGCCAGUCACGCAACCGCUCGGGAGGAAAGAACCGCGGCGGCGGCGGCGGUGGAGGAGGAGGAGGAGCCGGAGGCCAGCGCGGUGGUGGUGGUGGCGGCCGAGGCGGAUUCCAGAACCGAGGCAACUUCAGAGGAAUGCCUGGACCUCGUGGUGGCUUCAGCCGUCCACCCAGAGGCUUCCUGCCUCCCGCGGCCUUCCGAGGCGGCUUCAACAACCGCGGCAACUUCAACCGGAGCGGUGGAGGUGGAGGCGGCGGCGGCGGUGCCAUGCUCCACCGUGGUGGUGGAGGAGGAGGAGGAGGAGGUGGAGGUGGUCGCCAGGGAGGACCCAUGAGGAACAACAUGGGCGCUAUGGGAGGCAACCGCGGCAGGGCCAUGCAUCAUGGCGGCGGUGGUGGUGGCGGCGGCCCAAUGCACCGAGGUGGAGGUGGUGGUGGCGGAAUGAACCGCGGAGGAGGAGGAGGCGGCGGUGGACCCAACAGAGGAGGAAACUACAACCAGUUCCGGGGACGGGGCGGCAACCAGCACCAGCAUCAGCACCGUGGCAACAAGAACGGCAACUUCGGCAUGAACAAAGCCCAGGCCUUCAACCAGAGCUGGCAGCAAGGGUUCUGGAAUCAGAAGCCAUGGAGCCAGCAGUACCACCCUGGAUAUUACUGAGCGCUUUCUCUCAGAGACUGGUUGCUUUAGUGGAAGCCUGCUCGCCCACCCUGAUCCAUGGAGAUCCCCCCCCCCCCCUCUCCCUGGCCUCCACAUCUCCGUUUAUUCCUUUGCUUUGUUUCCCUUUUUAUUUUAUAAGUCUGCUUUUAAAUUCUGUAAAAACCCAUAAAUGGAGGAGGGGGAAACGCAUUCCACAACUGUCAGGAGGAGAGCCUAGUCCUCUCUCUCUCUCUCUCUCUCUUUCUCUCUCUCCCUUCUUCUCUGCACCCCUUCAUCCCUCUCUCCCUCCAGAGCAGAAUGGUUUCACCUUCUUUGUUUUAUUUUUGUACAUUUUAUUGUUUUUUUUUUUUUUCUUGCUUUUUUUUUAUUUUAUUUUUUUUAUUAAGGAGACCCCACCCCUUUUAUCCAGCAAGACAACAAGCCCCACAGUGUCCACUGCUUGUUUGUGUGUGUAGGGGGGGGGGCAGGGGUGGGUAAUGCUUUGCAAGAAUUUCAGGGUUGUGCAUUUUAUGCUGUACUGUCAUUUUUAUGAAAUGUAAAUUAUUUUUCCCUUUUCAUAGUUAUCAGUAUUGUAUGCGUAAACCCCUUCUUUUUUGAAACACUUAAAAAAUCUCCCCCGAAUUUAAACUUCCCAUUUUUAAGUGCAUGUUGCUGUUGUGGUUAAAUUUAAUUGGUAGUGUUUCAGCAGCUGAGUUUGCCCAUGUUGUAACAGAUGAAGGUGUGCCCUGCAAAAGUAGAUUGCUCCUUUUUGUGUGCGAGUGUUUUUUGAAAUAUUUGUUUAAAAAAACAAUAAUAAUGUCAAGCCUGUUCUAGUUAAACUUCAUAGGUUUACAAAUAAACGGGUUACUUGCUUUUUUACAAA